AUGCUCCGGCUCAGGUAUCUCUUUCGAACCCCUCAAGCGAGUCCGUCUUUCUUCCGCUUCCGAUCUCGUCAUGGCCAUCCCAACUUCUUAACAUCACCGAGCGUCCAGCAUGUGAAGUUCAGGCGGCCUUGGGUCAGGUCGUUUAUCUCAAAGUGUCUGCUUUAUGGCACCGCAUUCCAUUUAUGGAGCACGUUCGUGCUAGUCCGAUUCGACGAUGAUACCGACGAUACAGACUCAGCCUCUGUUUCUGUACCGACAGAGGAUACUUCGCGCCACACCUCCCGAGGAAGUGGCAAUCAAAGCGGAAAAGAAGUUGAAGAUGAGGACGCGCUAUUCAUACCGCUCGCCUGGUCCAGAUUACAAACAGGUGAUCUAUACAGUACAUCUGAUCCAGAAUGGCAAACGUUUGUCAAUAUAUCCAAGGAUAGAAAGAAGCUUCAGAAACUCAGAGAUGAACUCGCGACGAUUGUCCUAGAGGGUGCAGAAAGUCAGAUGUCGCAAGUACUUGGGGGACCGCUCUCCAUUACAGGGUUCUGGCUUGUUCAUCAGUUUCCAAACCGUGCUCCUCCAGGAUAUGUCCGGUCAGGACUUGAGAUCACAGACAACAGUGUGUCGUGGGUCACUAAGCCAAUGGACCCUGAUGUGGGUGACAAGCUACAAAUCUUCAUGAAACCGGUUCAUAUGGUACUUGCAAUCAGAGAUGCAUAUCUAGUGUUGUUGUUACGGCAACUUGAUCGCCUAAGGAAACCCGAGGGAGAACCGCUAGACGCAUUGGAAUUUUUGAAUGACCCAUCCGCCACGCCUGGUCAAGGCAAAAAAAAUUGGAACGGUCAACAGGAACAAUCUAACAUCCAACCCCCCAUAACCGAUGGGCUCAAAGAAAACAUGCCACCCAACACCGAAAAUUCCAAUUAUCACCCAUCAUCACUCAUAUCUCUUUUACAGCGGUUGCCGUUACCCGACCUCAGCCCUGGAUCGGAUUUGCAUUUGGCAUCAAAGGCAUUCAACUUACGGCUAAAUAAUGAGCGGUCUCGAACCCCAGGGUCUGCUCGCCGGGGUGCUUUCUUUGUUGCAGGUCCAGUUGGGCUAAAAGGACCCAAUGGGUUUUGUAGAUUUGAGGUGCGAGGCGAGUAUGAUCCAGCCAAACGGGAAUGGCGAGCAGUGGAGAUGACACUAAAGGAUCUGAAUAUGAGGAGGCAGCGCGCACUUGGAAGUUAA